AUAUACAUAUUAUUAUUAUUAAAUUUUAUUUAUGUGUGUUCUUUAAAGUGGAAUUUAAUUCAAUUAGUCGAAUAAUUUGCGACCUCACAACCAACCGUUGAAAUGUUGAAAAAAGAGAUAUGAGCAAAUUAAGUGGAAAGUGAGAUCAACAACUACAACAAUAAUAAAAGUGGUGUGCUUUGUGUGGCUAUAUGAUAGGGAAAAUUAAAACGCCCGCUGACCAAAGUCAAUCGUUAGAUGGCGCUGCUUGUACAAAUGCCUGUGGCUAGUGUUGUUGUUGUUUAAACGCGGAAAAACAAAUUACUGUUGCAAAAAAUCAGCAAAGGCAGCAUCAACCACAAACAAGCUGAACAAUAAAUAAAUUUAGAUUUAUUAGCAUAAUAAAAUCAGCUCAACAACAGUGGCGGGCAGUAACAACAACAGCAAGUGUAACGCGAGUGCCUACGACGUUAGAUGGUGUGGCAAGCAAUUUUUCGCAGCCUGAAACGCACUACGAAAUAUCCGUUCUCACUCCGCUGUCACCGUCAUCGCGGUCGCGUCGCUCCGUGUACGCGCGCCCGCGUUAAUAGUUAGUUGCACCUGAAGCCACGUCGCUAUGCAUCGUCUCCGCGUUGCAGCUGCCGCUCGUUUUACCUUUGAAGUUGGCAAAAUUGCUAAGGCAACAGGCAACAGCGUCGCACAGACAACUGCAACAAACAGCAACAACAUGUCGAUGUGGCAAGUUAAUGUCACCAUCGCCGCUAUCGCCGACGGACGUGUGUGUUAGUGAUAACCGAAGCGGUAACAGCAAACAGAACUAGUUAAAUAAACUAAACCGGCAACAAUAAUAUAUAUUUAUUAAUUUAAUUAAAAUAGUUACUUUAGCUAAAUUUGACCAUUCAACAAACCUACAUACGCGUACGUCGAUUGCGAAUGGCAUGAAAUCGCAAUCUAAAUAAAUUCUAGUUUUAAUUUAAAGAACAUUUUCUUUGCUGUACUCAUAAUCCAAGUAUUGCCCGCAACACUGGAUUAUCUGCUGAAAACUUUGCGCACGCUGAAAAACCCGAUUAUGGCCGAGAAUCAAACCGCCGCCAACGAAGAUUCUGGUCAGCAACAGCAACAAAAUCAACAACAAACACAACAAGUCACCAACAGCAGUCAGGCAGGCGGCUCAUCUCCCAACUCGGUCGCAUCAUCCCCAGAAAACUCGCAGGAAUCGCACAGCAUUGCCACAUCAGCCACAGCGCCCACACGUCGACAGUCACACACUCAGCAGCAGCAACAGCAACAAAACCAUCCUCACCAACCACAGCGAAGCAGCAUGUUUGAUCGCCAGCUAAACGCCAAGUUCAAGCCAAGUGGUGCAGCGAGCGGUGCUACCACUGCCCCACCGCCACGUCGCAAUUCCAUUCAGACACCGUCACGGAGCGUGGUGAGCACAACGAACAUCAAGAAGCCACCACUGACAAAGGUCAACUCACUAAGCAAUAACAGCGGCAUAGGCGCUCCGUCAAUUACCAAUCACCACCACCAUACCUCGUCCCAUCUGCACCACCAUUCGAACUGCCAGAACGCCGCGGCUCUGGCCUCCAUUCAGCGCACUACGAGCGAAAGCCUCCGUCUCAACGCAUUGAGCAAGAACAGUGGUAAUGGUGGUAAUAGCUCUACGGAGACAACCAAUCUAACAACCACAACAGCAAACGUUUCACGAGCUACCAGCAAUAGUAGCAUUGCCACAGUCGCUUCCUCCACGUCAUCCGUGGCGCCAAAGUCAACGAGCAGUCAAGUUUCAAGCGGAUCAUCUGCGAGCGCCAUCAGCACCACGCAUAGUGCCGGCUCCGGAAAGGCUACUUCGCCUAACAACAAUGGAAACGGUGGGCCGGCAGUAGUCCGGAAUGUGGGGGGCGGCUCUGCGGCUCAUCACCGCCACCACCAUCAUAACCAAACUCACCAGCAUCAUCACAUCAGUCACAGUCAAGGCCACCAGACGCAACAGCAGGUGCAGCAGCACCAUGGUGGUGGCGGUGGCGGUGGCAACAGAAAACCAAAGACCACAUCUUCAUUUCAAAUCACGUCCGUGACGGUGGGCCAUCCUAAAUUAAACACCGCAGGCGACACUGGCGACGAGUCUGCCGAUGAUCUGGACGAAUCUCACACGGACGAUAACAGUCGCAUAACGGAUCUAGAAAAUGAGACACCGUCCAUGUCGGAGGACACGUUCUCCAAAGAGGAGGUAUUUUUCGCCAACAAUGCGCUUAGUACAACGGCGCCAGUCAUACCGACUAGCUCCCAAUACGGACUUGUUGUUGUGGAUCCCAUUGGUCCGUCCCUGGGUCAGACAAUUCAGAAUGUCCAGGUUAAUGUGUCCGACAACAUUAUCAAUGUUGUGAGCGCUGCGGUAACUCCCGGCGGCACUAAGAAAAAAGACGACAUCAAGGAAACCCAGCACCGUAGUGAACGUUUUAAGGUUGUCAAAAUUGAGUCGACGGAGCCGUUCAAACGAGGCCGGUGGAUGUGCAUGGACUAUUUGGACCAUUCAAGCGUUGGUAACGGUGGUGGGAAUAAUAACGAAAAGACUGCUUCUUCCGAGUCUGCGGUUGCAUCCGCGGAUGCUGACGCUGGCGUAGCGCCGCCAAAGACUACGCAGAGCAUGAUACUCACAUCUAAUGCUGCGGCAGCCAUGCUCAAAAACUACAUAGAUGACGUGGCAAAUAGCGACGCCAAUUGGAACUACACAGAAGGCACUGGAACCACCCUGCAACAGCCUCAGCAGCCACAAUUGAACGCUACACCCAGUGGCGUAAUGACCGCGCCCGCCACUGUGGUUCACGGCAUGCAACAGUUUGUGAAUCCGGCCGCUAGCAACGAGCAGCAGCAGCUGUUUAGCGACAGCGUUAACGCCAACGCUUCACCAAACACUGGGCAAGACACAACCCCACAUGGUCAAACGCUGCCCAUAGAUUAUGCCACGGCUGCUGCGCAGCAGCUUCAGCAGUCGCUGCAGCAGCUCAAGCAACAGGAAGAGGCCAUUGCAGCUGCGGCCAAUGAGGAGGUCGUGGCUGGCGGUGCAGCUGGUACUAGCUAUCAACAGCAACAAUCUACACCACAGACUGCCACAUUACCCAGUCGUAUCCAUUUUCAUAAUGGUGCCGAUAUUGCUGGCAAUAACAACAACAACAAUUUGCCAGCGGUGGCACCGGCAGCACCUGUGCCGACGCCAACAACAGCAACCACUACGAAUGAGCAACAAAUGUAUGUAGAACAGCAGCAGCCAACAUCGCCAACACCACAGACCCAGGCGCCAACCUUUGCUGCAGUGGUGGCUACCAUCCCAACCGAGGGGCAGCAAGCGUCGCAUCAGAUGGCGGCCGAACAAACGCCAAAGCUGCAACAGCAGACAUCGCAAAUAGAUGGGAUUGUGCCAUUCCAACAACAGACUUCAAUCACUUCCACUAGCACGCAACAGCAGGGACAGACGGUGCCCUUGUUGGCACAUAUGAACAGCUAUGAACCAGCGCAGUCGGGGGCAUCAGCCACCGGUUCGGUGACAACAACAGCAGCAACAACCGCUCAGCAGCAAUUGCUGCCACCGACCCAGCAAUUGCAAAGUGCACCAGCCACAAUUUCCGAUGGCCAGACACUGGUUGCCGCCGUGCUGCAACAUUCAACGAUGGGUGGGGUAUCCGAUGUGAGUGUCGCGCCUGCUAUCUCGGCCACAAGCCUAAGCAGCGUUCAUGAAAACCAGCAGCAGCAACAACAAAAUCCAAAAGCAAAUCUACCGGGUGUUAGUGCCAAUAAUAGUAAUGCUAACUUAACGAAUGCACCAGCAACCAGCGGCGCAGCUGUUGCAGCAGCAGUAAAUGCAGCAUCAACCAACAAUACGACUACUCCGCUAUCUUUGAGCGAUGAACAGCAACAAUCGACUUCGACAGCAGCAACAAGUGCGACUGCAGCUCUAACAUCUGCAAGUACACAGCAACAGAUACAACAAUUGCAGCAGCAACCAAAUGCAGAAUCGGAGACUGAAAGCUUGGCCCAAGCACCGAUCAUGCCCAGCAGCCGCAAGCGAGCUUUUAGCACCCCACACGUCGUGCCCGUGUCCAUCCCCCUGGCCUCUGGCUUCAGCACAGCAAGCCAAGACAACUUCACCAGAAUGCAGGGAGCUGCCAGGCCAAUAGUGCCAGAUGAUAGCCGAUUGAAACAGAGCCCAUACUACUACGACAAGUCGAACUCUGGUCGCACCUCCUUCUGCGUUGACGAGUCCCUCUGGCCAAGUGUGGCCCAGCGGGCCUCCGACACCAAUAUCUACACAAAUCUUGCUCUCGGCGACGAGCGGUACAAACUGCCCCAACGCCUCGAUGGUGCUGCAGACGAGGACUACGAGGAGGCCAUUGACCAGUUCUCACCCACCCUCUAUGACAAUGCGAACUCGUCGCACAGUCGUGCCAUACCUAUACCCAAUAGUCCGCACCGACGUCUGGCCGGCGGCGAACGGUCGCCCAACUAUGUGGCCUUUAGCGCCAGCCCCACCGCCUAUGCCCAUCCGUAUUCACCCUUUCUUGCCGGCUCUCCUGAGGUGCUCUCCCCACCUGUGGGUGGUGUGCCAGUAUCGGGGGCCUCCAGGCUCUCCUACAGCUACGAUCCAGCGUACGGCGUUACAAUCAAUCGGCUGCAGAUACCACCAUCGUCGCAUUCCCAGAGUUUUGGCAGUUGGCAACAGCACCCGCACCCGAACCCGAACCCUCGCCCGCGCACACCUUUGGAAUGUGCCACGGCCAUGGCGGCAGCCGCUGCAGCUGCCACACUGAACAGUGCAUCUGGGACAAGUGCAGUUGCGAUUGACAACAAAAUCGAACAGGCUAUGGAUCUGGUCAAAUCGCAUCUUAUGAUCGCAGUGCGUGAGGAAGUCGAGGUAUUAAAGGAACGCAUUUCCGAGUUAAUGGAUAAGAUCAACAAACUGGAGCUAGAGAACAACAUACUGAAGUCAAACAUCUCACAGGAGACAUUGCAGCAGCUGCAGAUGCAGCUACAAAUAGCGGCCACCCAACAGCCCGCCGCGGUUGGAGCGCCGCCAGCCACGCCAGCCAUACAAGCGCCACCCAUAAGCGCAGCAACAGGACCUCCCACGAAUGCAGUGUCAGCCACCAGUCCAGCACCAGCAUCUGCACCUGUAGCAAUGACGGCGUCCAUAGUUGGCAGCGCUGUUAUCGGCGAGAGCAGCGGCGGCACAGAGGCAUCCCUUGCAUCCUCCACCAACGGAGUGGCAGCCGCCGCCCCAGUGCCACAGCAACUUGCAGCCAAUGCCACCGCAUCAGCCAACACAAAUGGGCCCAUGUCUUAAGUAGCAGCACGGCGUCAACUCUAGCGAUUGUUAGUUUAUUUUUGUAAUUUUUAAUGAAAGCUGCCCCUAGGCUUGGGCCCUGGAAACUGGUAGUUGUCCAGCGUAUUUGUCUCGGAAAGUGAAAAUAGCGUAAAGUAGUAUUAACCUAGUCUUUUCUGUAGUUGUCGCGCACUGUAGCAGAAAAGAAAACGGGGGCACGCGAGAGACGAGACAAGCUCGCAUAAAAGUGACGCCAGACAGGCAGCAUCAUCAUUAGAACAAAAACAAGAACAACACCAACAACAUUAGCAGUAUCAACAAGUGCAGUUGUUACAGCGAAUGAUUCAGAUUUUGGGGCCGCGAGAUGCGUCCAGGCCAUAAGGCAACAUUUAAUCAUAACCAAAAGAUACAGGUGGUUAGAUAUUGCCUGCACCUGGCCUGGUUUGCAGAGUCUCUGUAAAACGGCGCUCGCUGUUGGGCAACUGCUGUUGAGGUUGCAAUGAUUGUUGCCUCCGUGUCAAGGUAGCAGCACCUACGGCCGCCAUUUUGUUGAUUUCUUGAUUGUGAUAUUUGUUAAACACACACACACCCAUACACACACACCCAUACACCCACAGACAAACACGUAAUAACUCUCCUUCAAAGAUAUUCACCAAUACAAUCAAAAACUUGCGUGUGAGUUAACAGUAGUGGCAUUAAUGGACCGCCUGCUGUUAACAGAAGCUGUAAAAAGGUUUUUAGAAUUCUGCUGCCCGUAACAUUCGGGUUCUUGCUUUAUCGAAAAUCGUAUUUCUUGUUUAAUCCAAGCUACUAGCGCAGCAAUAAUAGGAAUAAAGCAACAAAAAAAAAUAUUAUGAACAAACAAAUGAUAUGAAUAUUGGCUUCAAAAAAUACUUUAAUCCAUAGAAGUAAAAUUUGAGCCAUUUGAAGGCAACAGUAUAAGGAUACUCUACAUACAUACAUAAGAAAGACCCCCAAAAUGUUAGCAAGGAAGGGUAAAUAGCGUGAACAGAAAAGUGUACCGCGCUUAUAUGCAGCGUGUGGAACCGAAAGAGAAGAUGAAAUACAUAUGUGAUAAAUGCAUUGUGCAGGCAAACAUAAUAAGUCAUGUAAUUUGUAAAGGCAGGCAGAACUCUGUGAAAGCUAAUAAUGAGAGGAAAACCGCAAAGCAGGCAGCAAAGAUUACAAAUAUGUGUAUCAAAUAAUUGGAUUGGAUUGGAUUGGAUUACUACAAAUGUAACAAAAAUACAAACAUUACAAAAAAGAUCACACAAUUAUUCACAUUAUAUUUUGUUGUAAAAAUGAAAAGAAACAAAGAUAAAUAAUGAUUAACGAAACUCUGCACGUUAGUCUUGUCUACCCAAAUUUGAACUACUAAAUCAACGUAAAGUUGUCAUAAUUUUAUAACACGUACAUACAUAUUUUAAGCACAUACACGUACUACAUACACACUUGUCUUAAAAGUUCUUUGCAAAAUGAAAGCAGUGCAAGAGUCCAAGUGGCUUAUAAAGAACAAAACAGAAAGAAGCAUUGUUUGUUGAAACUAUACAUAACUACUCUGCAAAAUGCAAAACUGUAAAUAUUUGUAAUCGUAUCAGCAACACUAUUUUAAAUUAAAUGCGAUAUUCUAAACAAGAUAACAAUAUAAGCAUACCAAGCAAAAGCUGUACUAUUGGUAGAAACCCACUUCAAAAGUGAGAGACUGCGAGCGUUAAUUCGCAAAACGCCUACAGCAGAAUCCAAGGCUUUGUUGCAGGCUGAUAAAUCAGGAAAAACGUCGUCCUGCUUUGUUAAAACUAGUUUAUUUAUAACCUUAUUUUUUACUUAGUAAUUAUGAUUUUUUGUUCCCAUGCACUGAAUCUGUUGUAAGAUUUUUGUUUUUCUCUAACAAUCAUUUCAACUGACGGCAAAUCAAAUAGUUUUCUUAGCGCUAUCAACCUCAACCAAAGCGGCAAGUACACGCAAAGUUUUGUUCCCCUCCUAUACAAUAUGUCUCCCAAUGUCCCCUGAGAUUUCUUAUAAGUGCAACCUGCGGAGACUACAUUUGUCUAAGGAUUGCCACAUUCUCCAUAGCGCAAAAGUCGCUGCAUGAGAACGUAACAUGAGAAACAUUUAACCAAAAAUACUCCCCCAAUACCCAAUACACAGAACUUUCGUGUUUCUUAUUGCUGCGGCCAGCUAAUGCCUUCAACACAUAGAAAAUCUGUUUAUUAAGAAUUUUGUAUUUGACUUUUGAUAAGUUUAAGUUUAUGCCACAAACUGCAUAGAUCGUUUCCUUUUUGAUUGAUUUCUACAGUUUAAGAUUCGUUAUUAAGGGUAAAUAAUAAUUUAUUAAUUAGUUGGUAAGCCAAAAAUAAACCACGAAAAAAUCAAAUCCAUAUUAAAA